GAUCCGGGCACCGCGCGAGGCCUCAUUUUCCCCGAAUCCCGGAGGCGGGUGACGGGAGUGAGGUAGUUGGGAGAGGGCGCCGGGCAAAGCUCCCACCCGGCGUGGCGGCUGGUGUGCGGAUCGCCGCGGGAGAGAAACGCGGAGUAAAAGGGAAGCAAUGCAGAAAUCAGAGUGCCAUGGAGGAGUACAUUUGAGAAACAGAAAGGCAGGUAGCUGUGAUCAAAGGACAUCAUCAAGCAUACAAAUAAAACAUAGGACUACAGUUCAAAAAAGCAACUCCUCCUCGUCAACCAGUUCUCCAGAGACUGCAAGAAAACUUCAUCCUCGACCAAGUGAUAAACUUAACCCUAAGACCAUUAACCCGUUUGGUGAACAGUCACGAGCUCCUUCUGCAUUUGCAGCCAUUUACUCUAAAGGAGGUAUUCCUUGCAGAUUGGUCCAUGGUUCAGUGAAACACAGAUUACAGUGGGAAUGUCCUCCUGAAAAUCUUCCAUUUGAUCCUCUUCUUAUUACUUUAGCUGAGGGUUUGAGAGAGACUAAACAUCCAUACACCUUUGUGUCAAAGGAGGGUUUUAGAGAAUUACUGUUGGUCCAAGGAGCUCCUGAGAAAGCUGUACCUUUGCUUCCAAGACUGAUUCCUGCGCUAAAGGCAGCUCUGGUCCACCUGGAUGAUGAAGUGUUUGCAAGAGGACUGAAUGCGCUCGUGCAGCUGAGUGUCGUUGUCGGUCCUUCUCUAAAUGACCAUCUUAAACAUCUGCUUACAAGUCUUUCCAAGAGACUGAGGGAUAAGAAAUUCAAAGAGCCAAUCACCAGUGCUUUACAGAAGCUAGAGCAGCAUGGUGGAAAUGGAAGCCUUAUCAUCAUCAAAUCUAAAAUUCCAACAUACUGCUCCAUAUGCUGUUGAAGAAGGGAGCCCACAAAAAUCUUGUUACUCCCUGGUGACAGGUGUUAAAUGCUGUCCAUGGGUACCUAGGGAACCUUUUCAGAUUCACUUCCGUUUAUUCUUUUGUCAAUCACAGUCACCAUUCAUUAUUUCCUAGAUUAAGAUGAGUAUACACAGUUCCACUGAAUCAUAGUAAAAGUUAUUCAUCAACAAAAAAAAGAAUGGUCAAUGAUGGAAAGCUAUUAAACACAGUUCUAUAAUAGUACAGUUUUGUGGGGUUGGUUUUUCAUAUUUUUACAGUUUGGUGCGAACAACCAUAAUUGGGUUUAUAAUAGAUGUGUUUGUAUUUAUUUUCCAGUGCCUUUUAUUUAUAGUAUCCCUUUCACAAUCAGUUUGUAGUUAUGCACUUAUUUUUAAAUAUUUUGUCAUUUCUUGGGUUUUAUAUUUAUCAAGGCUAUGGAAAUUUAAAGUAGUGGACAGACAUUUGUGAAUUCACUGUUAAUUAUUGUCUGUAAAUAUGUAUUUUAUGAUAUAGAAUACUUGGAAGAAUUUCAUACCAGAGUAUUCUAGUUUAAGACAUUUUUUAAAAUGUGUAAAUUCUUUUGUAAAUAUGUUAUUUAUUACAACUCAUUAAAACUACCUGAACUUUAGGUGUUAAUUAUAUUUAAUUAUAUUUAAGUAAAUGUUAUUUUUGUAACCCAUAGUCUGAUACUCAUUUCAUGAAGGUAUUCAGAAAUUAAAAUCUUAAAGCUCUUAAAUUGUACCCAGUGAUUUUGUUGUGUUUGCUUAUGUUUAACAAUUAAUUUAACUUAAAAAGCUUUUAAAACCUACUUUACAGGCAUAGUUCUCAGUGAUGACAUUAUAGAAGCUGAACCUGGAUCAUUCUACAAGAGAGAGGAAUAGGGUGAGAAAGAGGAAACAGGAAUAAGAUUUUCCAUCCUAUGGGCAAGAAGGGAGGCCAUAGGGACGUGAGUAGUCACACCAAAUCCAAAGCAGACAUACUUUUGGAGGGACGCAGAUCAGCGGUCACUCUUUUAUUUGGGGGAACAGCCAUAUUAUAUAUAUCUCAGCACCACUGAAGAAUACCUUCCUUGCUCCAUCCCUCAAAUAUGUGGAAUGACCUCUUUGUAAUUCUCAUUUCAGAUACAAUCUCACAGCUGGAAUUUAAAAGAGUACAAGUAAUUUCUGAAGAAUCAUAAUUGCAGAAAUGCCCGUGCGUCCCUCAGAGUUCUUGUCCUUCCUGGUCCUCCUAUCUGGGAUAUUCUUUUCUUAGGUCUCUACUCACCUGUCACAUCCUCAGAUCCUAUUAGCUAAAAUGUGUGCCUGCCCACGGGCGUUGCUUUUACUUUUCUUCAUUGUACUUAGCACCACCCUAAGGCAAAGAUAUGUACAAUCCUACAAUGCCGUAAGAAAAACAAUAUUUUUAAUCUAGUACUUAUAAAAUUUGUUGGAAUAAAUACCUAUAACAUAGACAGUAGAGUUAUAAACAUUUUAUUUGCUUUUAUUUUUUCUUUUUGAAAUACAAAAUGCACAUUGAGUUUACACAAACACGCGAUGGCAAAUUUCAGUGUACAUGUAUUGUACUACUCUUAAUUUCUACACUGGUGAUAGCAGGGCAGCUUUCAACAUCCUAUCUCUACACCAGAAUAGAUACCUGAUUUAUUGUUGCAAAGACAGUUGCAAAUUUCCUCCUACUGUAGCCUCUUGGUCUUUAUGAGAUUUCUGCAAAACAGGGAGGGUGUGUGUAUCCUUAGUAGUGUUGUGGCAACUUUACAAUUUUGGCUUAUGAUCAUUAAAAAGAAUCUGAAUUAUUGGAGUUUUAUGAUGAGCAAAAUCAUAAUACAGUCCAGAUGAAUUGCUUGGCAUUUAUUUUCAUUUUCAGUGAGGUUUUGGUAUGGUAGUUCUUGAUAGAAUGGACUCACUGAUGGUUUUAAAGUGAAUUCUGCUUGCUCUUGGUUCCCUGUAGGCAUUGGGGUAGUCCAGGUCUCUUUGGCCCUGAAUGGCAUGUAAAAGAAAGGUACCUUGAAGGAGUCAAGGGAAAGGGGGCGGAAUAGGCCUUCAAUGCUGUUAGAAAUUACUUGGCAUUAAGUAUUACCAUGUACUGGAGGGCAGAUAUCUUGACCCUUUGCAUAUGCCUAUAAACAUCUUUGCUUUGUUCCACACCUUCUUGGACCUCCACUUAAUGACACAAUAGAAAACAGUCAAUCUGUAGAAUUGGACAAAUCCAAAAUUAUAUACAUCAUGUAGGCCUUGGCUGUAAUAUGUAUUAUGAAAAAUUAAGAAAUCCUUAUUAAAUAAGCUUUAUUAGGCAUAUGCUGACAUCUGAUGAUGAA